CGGUCACACUAACCAGCUCAGAACACUAACCUUAACCCUCCAAGAACAGCACGUUUCCUAAUGCUCCUGACCUCAGCACUGUCACUAUGCUGCAGCACCUGUAAGUGCGUUUUAUACCCCGGGUUCAUGUGUGUCACGCCUCGUGAUUAAGCGUGUGUUAGUCCAUGGGUUUAAGUGCCUGUUACUGCCCGACUUGCCGGUGCCUGUUGCACGCCUUCCCGGUGGCUGUAGACGCUCCCCCGCGUUUCACGUUAAGAAGAAGCGAUGACAUCUGCCGCCCAGGACCUACGGAAUGCCAGCGACUGGCUGAAAUAGCGUCUGACAGUAUUGAGCAAUAAUAAGUAAUAAGUGAUCACGCAAACAUUUUCAGCACAGAAGCAUCUGAGCGCUUUCUCGGAGAGCUACUCCUUUCUGCCCACGUAACUGCCCCUAGCCUAUUUCCUAUUCGCAUACAGGAUAUGCCGUAAACGUGAGAAGCGCCGAAGGCUUGUAAGACGAUAGCACACUUUGUUAAAAUGAAUUUAUUUAACUUAUCGUCCUAUAAAAGGUUGCUGCAUUUGCGAAUAAGGAGAAGGUCAUACAUGAGCAUUUUAUUCCUCUUCUCUCUUUCUACAUCGGCAAUGUACUUCAUCUACUCCGCGCCUGGCAUCGCGAAUGAGUACCUGUUCAGGGUGCAGGCGUGUGGCAUCCAGAUCCGGCAGAACAUGCAGAGCCUGGGGGCGCAGGUUCUGCAGCAGGUGAUCCGGGGGACCUACAGCAGCACCAACAGCACAGACUUCAUUUACAACAUCAGUGUAAGUGAACAGGACAUGCCGACAGCCACGUACCUCCCGCUGGACUUCACGUACCACACUGGCCAGCCUUGCCCGGAAAAGCUGCCUUUUAUGAGAGGCCAGAUACCAGUGAACAUGAGCGAGGUGACCAUGGAAGAAGUGGAGAAGGCCCUGCUCCAUGAAGACCCUAGGCUGGCCCCCGGGGGUCGCUGGAGGCCUCUGGACUGCCUACCACGUUGGAAGGUGGCCAUCCUCAUCCCAUUCCGGAAUCGCCACGAGCACCUGCCCAUUCUGCUGCGCCAUCUGGUGCCAAUGCUGCAGAGACAGCACCUCCAGUUUGCCAUUUAUGUCAUCGAGCAGGCAGGCGACCAGUCAUUCAACCGAGGCAUGCUAUUCAACGUGGGCUUCCAUGAAGCCAUGCAAGACCUCGCCUGGGACUGCAUGAUCUUCCACGACGUGGACCACAUCCCUGAGAGCAACCGCAACUACUACGGCUGCUCGGACAUGCCGAGGCACUUCGCCGUCAAGCUUGACAAAUAUCUUUAUAUGUUGCCUUACAAAGAGUUCUUUGGUGGAGUCAGUGGCCUGACCGCCAAGCAGUUCCGAAAUAUCAACGGCUUCCCCAAUGCCUUUUGGGGCUGGGGGGGCGAGGACGACGACCUCUGGAACAGGGUGCAAUUUGCAGGCUACUCAGUGAGCCGCCCCCGCAGAGACGAAGGCCGCUACAUGUCCAUCCCCCACCACCACCAUGGGGAGGCGCAGUUCUUGGGCAGGUACGCCCUCCUGUGGCACUCUAAGGAGAGGCAGAGCCUGGAUGGGCUCAGCAACCUGAGGUACUCACCACAGGUGUCCUACAAGCCUCUGUACAUCAACAUCACUGUCAGCUUGAGCCCCAACAUGGCCCCCGUUAUGGCUACCCUCUGACCUUUCACCUCUGACUCCCAAGCCACCCUCUGACCGUCCACCUCUGACUCCCAAGCCACCCUCUGACCGUCCACCUCUGACUCCCGAGCCACCAUCUGACCGUUCACCUCUGACUCCCGAGCCACCAUCUGACCGUUCACCUCUGACUCCCAAGCCACCCUCUGACCGUUCACCUCUGACUCCCGAGCCACCAUCUGACCGUUCACCUCUGACUCCCGAGCCACCAUCUGACCGUUCACCUCUGACUCCUGAGGCACCCUCUGAUCUUUCACCUCUGACUCCCUUAACUCUGACUUCCGACCUGCUUCAGUGUUUUUUUCUUCUUACCAGACAUCCUCAGCUAAGGUGACAUGCACUGAUCCCCUUUUACACAAAGAGAAAAAAACCCCACUGGAUAUUAACUGAAUUCACGGCUCCAUCUUGAUCACGGGUACGUCAUGAGUGUCCUCGUCCAUCGCCCUUCAGACCUCAGUGUUUGCGAGGACACAUCAGGGAGGGCUGCUGAUACCCAUGUGCUUCUGGACAACCAACUUGGUUGUACACAUUUACACAAUUCUGUUCGCUGGGAACGAAAAUCAACAUUCACGCCUUUGCCCUCUGAGAUCUGGAUGAAGCCAAACACUUGUAGCCCUGCUGAGGCUCAGCCUUCAGUUGGAUCCCCCAUCUGCUGUCUGCCUUUCCUUCCCCUACUGUCUUCUGCUCUAAUCGCCUCACUUUUGCUCUUUGGAGCCCCUCCAAGCCAGUGCUGUGGGACAGGCUGGAACAAAUGAGUUUACAAGCCAGAGUUAUUAUUAUUAUUUUUGCUCAAUGUGCAGCUACUUCUGACCUUGCCGGGGGUUCCUGAGUUGUACCCCUGUGCUUACUCGCAGCCCCACUCAUGCCGAGAAGGGAGGGGGCAGAUAUCAUGUGACUUUCCAUCUUGUGAAUGCCCCCUCCCCAUGCCACCUGCUCGAUCCUCCGCGGGUCAUCAGAAAAUAGUACACUGCAGGCAGAAAGAGGAAGAGGCCUCAGAAUGGAGACUGAAAGAGAGGCCAUCCUGCAAGACCACAGAAGCCCUCUUCUUCCUGCCAAACAGCCGUCCUGCACCUUGGAGAGAACUCACGCCUCAGAAUGCGGUAAACAUGAACUGAAAGUUGGCCUUGAGAGAUGAGUGUUGAUGACACCUCCCACCAGGAGGAACGAGGCAACCAGGGGGGGAGGGGCUAUUUGUGGCAACCUCUCUCUGCACAGGAUUACAUGAUGAAUGAACUUACACAGCAAUCUUAACGCUAUUUUAUACUUCUGUAUUGAGCCUGCGCUGUGAUCUACGCUGUGGCCUACUCCAUUGCAACCAUUUAUACUUGUGUGCUGGUGUAUCUGUAUCGGUCCGCAUUUACACCACCAAAACACUAAAUGGUACAUAGUUUCGGAUGUUGCAUUUAUUGUCUAUCCCCUUGGGACAUAUUCAAAUGUUGAAUCACUCAAUUUAAACAUAAAAAACAAAGAAAUAACAAAGUAUCCAUUUAUCAAGUCCUGGUUACAUUUGUGCUGCUCCAAACAUCCCAUUGACAAAUUUGGGAAAAUGUGGAGCCACUACAAAGUCACUUUUUAAUGCAUUUCCCUUCUAAAGUUAGUGUCUUUACUUCUUAAUUUACUUAGUCUUGAAAAGUACAAAUAAACUUAAUGGAGAUAAGUGAAAUUGGCCCUGUCAUCCUAAGUAUUUUGUAGACCAGUUGCUACAAUGCCUAGGGGGGAUUAUUGAGGGCUAGAUAUACAGUGCUCACAGAAAGUCUUCAGAUGAUUGCUUAGUUCUGUGAAAAUGUUGCAAAUUCAUUGGUUUCAUAACAGAAGUCCAUUGACAAGCAAUGUUUAACACAUCUGCACAUAUCUGUCACGUGCGAGAGGAAGAGAGGCAUCAGGGCAAACAAAGGACUUAUUAACAGGGUGGAACAGAACUAGAAAUAAACAGGAUCAAAAGGGAGGCUAGGGAGAAGGCAACAGGGAGAUAUAACUUCAGAGACAGAACUGGGGAACCACAAGACUGGAAAGCACUUAAAUACAGGACUAACAAGGGAGCACAAUGAGAGGCAGCUGAAGUGAAUCACAGAAGGGCAGGAACUAGAGGUAGGACUAACGAGCACCAGGCAUGGCUUGUUAUAGAAGACAGGAGGGUCAAACAGGGCAGGACAUAAGUAUAUCUUCCUCACAGACAUUUUCUGUUUAUUAAGUGUCAUGUUUUGACUUAUUUAGUUCUGUUCUUGCCAUUUUGCUAUUAAUUGAUAUUGUAGUCAUUGGCUCCCAAAGGGAUUCUAAACACAAGUUUUUGCUGUUUUAUGUUAUUGCAAAGGAGUUACUAAUUAAAAAGCACCUACUGAGACUUCCUCUCAAUUAACAUUUUAGGUCAGAACAGCUCUUUUAGAACUAUAAUUUGGGUUUUAAUUUAUUAUUGCUUGAAAUUAAUGUUUUAUUUAAAACUACUGGUAGUUUCUAAUGUGAUGUAUAUUUUUUGUGAACAAAUGAAUAAGGGAAUGAUUGUUGUUAUGACAACAACAAAUUUGUACUUUUUUUUUUACUGAAUUAAGCAAGCUUCCCAUGCCUUUCUGUGAGCACUAUAUAUAGCGCUUCAGCGUUAGCGAUACAACAGUGUUAGCAAGCAGACCAGUCACAGAUCUCAUGGUUUGCGUGUAGUGACAUUUCUGGAGAGCUGCACGUCAGGCUACAGUUACAGCAUACUGUAGGGUCCGCGGCUAUGCCGUCCAUAUGGCGUUGAUUCCACGCAGAAGUAUAAAUUAGCCAAUAUAGGGGCUGGCCUCUUGUUUAGAUUUUUUUAUCAUUUUAUUUUCAGCUGUUAUGUUAUUUGUAUGCCAUCGAUGUUGGAUUGUAAGCAGGAGCUCUCAUCUGCACAUGCACUUUGGGGCAUGAGGGCACCAUUUUGAAUGAGAACCCAGUUCUUGUAGACCUGCUCUCCACCUGCCACCCACUCUUGCCACGUCACAGUUUCUUGCACGGUGCUGCUUUGCCAGCUCCCCGUGGAUCACAGAUGAGACGGGCUGCAUGGUGCAGCACACUGCCAUGUGCGGCUGUGUGUUGGGUCUGUGGUGAGAGGCAGCAGGUCAGUGAAAAUCUGGGUUGGAGUAAAAUGGCUGAGCUCAGAUCCCCAGUAGUGAGGGCCAUGACUGCAUUUAUCCAGCACUGGUGUCUGAGUUGGGUGUUGACACCUGCCACUCCCUCCUCCAUCUGGUAUCAUUAAACCGAGCACAAGAGUGCAUGGGUUUCAGUUUUGUUUUAUAAAUGGCACUUUGGUAUUUAUAUAGAAGUACCAGUGUAAAUCAUGCUAUGUAUUUUAAAUGUUACUCUAGACUAGACAUUAAGAAUGGACUCUGCUGACUGUCUCCAUGCUCACCUAAUGACUGCUGUCUGUAAGUCUCCCUGAAUGAGGACAGUUGUUCAUUAAAUAAACGGCAUUUCAACGAUGA